AUGUUUAAUCAAACUGCCUGUACAUUUUUAAAAGAAUGUGUCUGCUUGAAAUUUACCAUUCUGGCAGAGACUAUCCCUUCAAACAAAUGCACCAAUAAAUGUAAUGAUGUUGAAGACGGAGACAUUAAAUUUUUGGAAUGUGGAGGACCGUAUGCGUAUUCUUUAUUUAAAUCAGUUUUAUUAGAAGACGACGAUGUAGGGAGAGGAACGGCAUGUCUCGCAAUAGACUGUGGUCCAGUGAAGAAAUUUACAAUCUCUGUUGAUUGCUCUGAGUCAUACUUUGGAAUUUGUGCCUAUGAAGGAUAUCUAGGAUGCUUUAAAGACCAGAAAAAUCGAAUUUUGACAGGAGAUUCAGUAAGUAUGAACACCAUGACUCCAGAAAGUUGUAAGGCGUUUUGUAAAGGAACCAAAUACUACGGAGUUGAGGUACUCAUGUAUUGUAUGUAA